AUGCAAAAAUCUGAUUUACCUGUUCAUUCUAUUAUUGGGACCUAUAAAGUUAUUAAAGAAAUCGGUACUGGUAGUUUUUCUAGUGUUUUCAUUGGUUUUGAUGAACAUAACAAACGCGAAGUUGCCAUUAAAUUCGAAUCAUUGAAUUCCAAAACGCCAAGUUUGAUGUAUGAAUACGAUAUAUACCAAUCAAUGAAAAAUUCCAAGACGAUCCCUCAGAUUUAUUAUUGCGGAUCAACCAACCAUCAUAUUGUAAUGGUAAUGGAGUUAAUGGGUAACUCUUUAUAUAAAUUACUUCAAAUUUGUGGCGGUAAAUUUUCUCUUUAUACUACUUUAACUGUGGCAACAAAAAUGCUAAAAUGUGUAGAGGAUUUACACCGACAUGGAUACAUUCAUCAUGAUAUAAAACCCGAAAAUUUCCUUAUUAGAAAGGAUAAUCCCUCAGAAAUAUGUUUAAUCGAUUUCGGACUUAGUCAGCGAUAUAUUGAUCCAUCAUCUGGUUCGCAUGUAGGAUAUACAACUGGGUGCCCAUUUGUGGGAAAUGCACGCUUUGCUUCUAUCAAUUCUUUAAGUGGAGUAAGUUCAUCACGAAGAGAUGAUAUUGAAUCGUUACUGUAUAUUUGGGUCUAUUUUUUGAGAGGAGAUCUACCAUGGAUUGCUUUGGGAGGUUCGAACCCCAAAGAGAACCAAAAUCUAGUAUUAGAUAUUAAACAGAAAGUAAAGCCAGAGAAACUAUUCAAAGACUGUCCACAAGAAUUUUACAAAAUUUACUUUUAUAUUAAGCAAAUGCGAUUUAAUGAUCCUCCAAAUUACAAAAAAAUAGAGAAUUAUCUGCAAACGGCAUUCAAAUCGGCAUUUCCUAAAAUUACUAAUCAAAGCACGCCUAAUUACGACUGGAAUAACAUUCCAGCUGCAUUCGACUAUUCAAAUUUCAAAGAACCAUCGGCAGCAGUGCCCAACUAG